CUCUGCCCCUUGGAUUGUUCUUGGAGACUUCAAUAAUAUCAGGGUCCCUUCGAGGCUUCAAAUUCUCCUAAGGUUGAUGCGGCAAUGUCUUUCUUUAAUGAUUGGAUCGUCGAUAAUGAAUUGGAAGAGCACCAGGCUACUGGCCCUUGGUUCACGUGGUUAAACAAGCAGACAACUAAUCCCAUAGCUAAGUGCCUUGAUCGUGUCUUGAUCAAUUUCCAUUGGAUGGAUAAGAUUAAAGAGAGUAGGGCUCAUUUCCAAUCCCCUGGUGUGUCUGAUCACUGCCCUAUGUUUGUUAAUACUUCAGCCUCUAUGAAGUCUCUCCCCAAGCCGUUUAAGUUUUUUCAGUUCUAGAUUCACCACCCUCAGUUUGAUUCAUUGUUCGAGGAGGCUUGGCGAAGUAAAGUUACUAGUCAACAUCCUCUUAUUAGAGUUUGCCAGAAACUGAAGAACUUGAAGAACUUGUUAAGGAAGUUGAAUAGAGAAGAAUACUCUGAUAUUAGAGAAAGAGUCCCAGGUAAGGAAGCUGAGGUGCAAAGCAUUCAGCUGAUGGCUCUCAGUGAUCCCUCUACUGUUAAUUUUGAAGCUGAAAGAAGAUUGGGGCAGGAGCUAAAAGUGUUAAUGGAUGCUGAGGAGUGCUUUUACAAGCAUAAAUCUAGAGAGAGUUGGCUUAAAACAGGUGAUAUUAACUCAGCCUUUUGUCAUAGGUCAAUCCGAUCUAAGCAGAAGAAAAGCACUAUUCGAAUGUUAAGAAAUGAAUCAGGAGAUUAAGUUCAUGAUGUUAAGGAAAUGGCUCAAGUUGCAGUCAUAUUUUAUGAAAUCUUUUGGGAGUGGUUGAUCCUUGAGGUAAAGAAGCAGCCAGAUAGUUAUUUUGACAACUUGCUGAAAAGUAAGCUUAAUGAGCAACAUGUUGAGGGGCUGUGUGAUCCUUUUUCUGCUGAUCAAAUCAAGGAUGUUAUGUUUGCUAUGGAUGGGGACAAGAGUCCAGGCCCUGAUAGUUUCUCUGUGGCUUUUUUUCAGUAUGCCUGGCCUCUUAUUGGAUCUGAGGCAACUUAUGCUAUUCAAUACUGCUUUGAACAUGAUAGAAUCCCUAGACCAGUGAAUGCCACCAUCUUGUCCCUUGUUCCUAAAGUUCCUAACCCUGAUGAGAUGAAGAAUUUUAGGCCUAUUUCCUGAUGCAACAUUCUGUAUAAGUGCAUUUCUAAACUCAUAGCUAAUAGGCUUAGCCCUCUCCUUCCCUCUCUGAUAAGUAAAAAUCAAACUGCUUUUGUCAAAGGAAGAUUAAUUGGUGAAAAUAUCCUGUUGGCUCAUGAGCUGGUUCAUAAAUACUCUCAUCAAAAUAUUUCUUCGAGGUGUGCUAUUAAAAUUGACCUUAUGAAGGCAUUUGAUUCUAUGGACUGGGAAUUCAUUUUUCAAGUGUUAAGAUGCAUGAAGUUUCCUGAAAGAUUUGUGAAGUGGAUCAGUAUGUGUGUUGGUACUCCCAUGUUAAGUGUUUGUUUCAAUGGGGGACUUGUUGGCUACUUCCCCGCUAAGAAAGGGUUUCGACAAGGAGACCCUUUGUCCCCUUACCUUUUUUUCUAUUGCAAUGGAAGUUUUUACUUGUCUCAUUGAUUAGUCAGCAGUUAGUGGGUUAUUUCCUUCAUCCUAUGUGUAAAGGUAUCAAGCUUACACAUUUAUGCUUUGCUGAUGACCUGUUGGUCUUCUCGGAUAGGUCAAACUAUGGUAUUAAGGAAUUGCAGCGUGUUCUGGAUCAGUUUAAAUUGGUUUCUGGUUUAAAAUCUAAUCCUAGUAAAUGUGAGGUUUUCUUUGGGGGAAUUGAAAGGGCGGAGAGGCAACUCAGGGCUGCUAGAUUUGGCUACAAGCUUGGUGAGUUUCCUGUUCGUUAUCUGGGGGUUCCCCUGAUAUCAGGGAAGCUUAGUAUGUCUUCCUGUCAAUCUCUCAUUGAUAAGAUGGUUAAGAGGAUAAGAAGUUGGCAAGUGAAGGCACUUUCUUAUGCGGGAGGAAAUGAACUUGUUGGUACAGUUUUAUACAGUAUCACCCAGUUCUGGAUGUCUGUUUUCCUUUUACCUAAGUCUGUCAUCAAGGAAGUAGAGAAGAUUUGCCGCAAUUUCAUUUGGGGGGUUGGAGCAGGUGUAAAACUCAGAGCAAAUGUUGUCUGGCAGAAGGUCACUUAUCCUACAAAGGAAGGGGGACUGGGUUUAAGGGACUUAGGGAGUUGGAAUCAGGCCUGCAUGAUAAGGCAUUUGUGGCUGAUUCUUAUGCAGGAGGGUUCUUUAUGGGUUGCUUGGAUUAAUAAGUACAAGUUGAAGGGUAGAGAUCUUUGGAACUAUUCUUGCUCCUCAGGGUCCUGGAAUUGGCACAAGAUGCUAAAGCUACGAGGUAAGAUUGCACCAUUUAUCUCAACUAGGGAGAGUCAACUUCUUCUCAAUAACUCCUCUAUGCCUGUUUUCUCUAUCAAGUGUAUCUGGCAGCUCCUGCGCCCUGUGCAGCAGCCUGUAGCCUGGUGGAAGCUGGUUUGGAAGGGGAAGGCUGUUCCUAGAAACAGAAUUAUCACUUGGCUUGUGGUUAGAGGGAGAAUUAACACUAAAACGAAGAUGCAGAGGUGGGGCUAUAGUGGUAGUCUUGCUUGUGAUCUAUGUGGAGCUGGGGUGGAGGACAGAGACCAUCUUUAUGCACUCUGCCCGUUUGCAAUGAAGAUCUUUGAUGCUCUUUUUUUCAUGUUUAUGCAGAUUCCCUCAUUGCAAAGGUGGGAAGACAUGCAGGACCUGAUUGUAUCCAAAUUUGGAGGCCCUUCUGAAGCUGCAGAAACUGGGAGGUUGAUCUAGCAAUCUUGGGUGAGUCACUUAUGGAGAGAACGUUGUUGUCGUUUGUAUUCAACUAAAUUGAGGGAUUCUAGUGUAUUGUUGAGGGUGAUUCAAUCUGAAACUGAAUGUCUUCUUGGUAGUAAUAGAGUUCAACUGUUCUGGGAUAGCUAGCUGUUGUCAUUUGUGUUUGCUACUCUUGAGUAUUAUAGGUUUUUCAUUUCUGUUUUGAUGUAAGUAUUACACUUAGCUAGCAAGGUUUGUUGCUAGCCCCGCUUUUUUGAUGAAUGAAACCCACUGAUUCAUAAAAAAAAAAAAUGUCCUUCCUACUUUCAAUCUUGUUGCAGGAAAUCCUCCAAUAAUAUAUAGUAGAGUUUUGUCUAUUUUUCUCUAUUUCAAUUGUGAAUACCAAAAUGUCCUUCCUACUUUCACUCUAGUUGCAGGAAAUCCUCUAAUAAAUAUAUAGUAGAGUUUUGUCUAUUUUUCUCUAUUUCAAAUUUCCUGCGACGAGAGUGAAAGUAAGAAGGAUAUUUUUGUCUAUAUAAUUAAUUAUUUAUUCCAUAUAAAAAAUGUCAAUGCCAUGAUUUGAACCAAUGUCUUUUCAAACAAAGACAACAAUCAUAACCAAUUACACUAAACAAAUUUAUUGUAUCUUUUUUAAUAAAAAACAUGCACAAAGUGACACUAUGAAAAACAGAGGACUUUUCCAUCGUGAUUAACAAGCCCACUAAGUCUAUCGUAUGUAUUUUUAUGGUGCUUGAUACUGCAAUUUUCAUAGCUGAUUUUCAUGUAGCUUUCUCAAUUCUAAAAUUACUACUCUCCCCUUAAUUUUUGCUAAAUCUAAAUUGGUAACUGGCUAACAUGGAAGAACUAAUUCUAUUAAUACAUGUUGUGUCCUUGCAUUUUUCAAUUUGUAUUUGUAUUUAAAUUUAGUAUUUUUUUAUCUUUGUUCUUAUAUCUUUCUAACUUCCUUCGAAAUUCCCUCCAUCGUGCAAUACUAAAUUUUUCAAUUAAUACAUGUUGUGUCCUUGCAUUUUUCAAUUUUUAUUUGUAUUUAAAUUUAGUAUUUUUUUAUCUUUGUUCUUAUAUCUUUCUAACUUCCUUCGAAAUUCCCUCCAUCGUGCAAUAGUUUGCGCCUCUUUCACUUCAUAGUACAAGGCCGCCUUUGAAAAUCAAUCUUCGAGUAUCUCUUGGCACUACGAUUUUAUUGUUGGGGAUUUAAACUGGGGAAGUAGAAGAUUUUAACUCCGACAUCAAUCCAUGGUGAAUAGAAUGGAGUUUAAUAAAUGGAGUUGCAGAAGGAGGAUUAGAAAUUGAAUUUUUGGUUGAAACAUAUGUCUCUUGAGAUUGAAGAUAGAGUAGAUAAAAAUUUGAUUGUACAACAGAGAGUGGUGCCUAUUGGAUCUUUAUGUUUAUGGUUUUUGCAGCUAUCACAAGCUAUUUUUAUCUUAAAACGAGGAAUCAUUGAUUGAUUUACUAAAGUAGGUCGUCUAAUUCUUUAUUCGAUCUACUAGAACUGAGUGUAUAAUUUUGCUCCUUAUUACUUUGAUCGAGUCUAUUAGUAUAUUGGAGGUAACCCUAAUUUUGGCAUUUGCUCUCAAGUUUUGAUGGUCCUCCUUAGAUGAGUUGUUAGUAUAUAGUACACUUGAAUCAAUAACUCUCCAUUUCUUUUUUAUUAAAGGAGAGCAUUGAACCUUUAUAUAGGAUUGCGAGGUUUAAGUCUUAGUUUCAAACUAUCUAUGGUUCGUGUGGGAAUUUCAGCGACCUUUUAUACUACAUCUUUCUUAACAAUCAACUAACCAAUAGCAUUUUACCGGGGACUUAAUUAUCAUAAUGAAAAUGGGAUCAAUGA